CUCUGGGAGUUGUAGUUUCCGCCUGCAGACUGCGCUUGGAUCGCAGGGUAUUCUGGGAAGUGUUGUAUUACCGGCCGGCCCCACGUGGAAACAGAUUUAGGCAUCCAAGCGAAAUGUGUGAGGCCAGCCCAACCUGCAUUGAGGGAGGUAAGUCUUGAGGGAAAGUUCUGGAUGCCUGGGUUUACCCAGAUGGAGGUGUCCAAUAGGCAAUUAGAUACACAAGUCUGUCUCUCCCCAGGUGCUAGACUUCCAGUAGCAUCACCAUUCCGCUGAUUUCUCGUCCCGCCCCCUUGGGCUUCAGAAAUAAUGGUGAUUGGGUGUCCCUUGGCGACGCCCCUGUCCGGUGGGCUGGCCUCGCCCUCGCCCCUCCCCUGGCACGAGCCUCUCGAGCUUCCGGGUCGCCUGCUCGAUGAUUGGCCGAAGCAGUGAGUGGACGGCCGCGGAUUGGCUGCGCUCAGCGGCGGGCUGAGCAACUGGAGUGAGAAGAGCAGUUGGGCCAAGAUGGCGGCCGCUGAAGGACUAGUGGGCGACGGCGAGCUGUGGCAGACCUGGCUUCCUAACCACGUCGUGUUCCUGCGGCUCCGGGAGGGACUGAAAAACCAGAGUCCAGCCGAAGCUGAGAAACCAGCUUCUUCGUCGUUGCCUUCGUCGCCGCCGCCGCAGUUGCUGACGAGAAACGUGGUCUUUGGCCUCGGCGGAGAGCUCUUCCUGUGGGACGCAGAAGACAGUUCCUUCUUAGUCGUUCGCCUUCGGGGCCCCGGCGGCGGCGAUGAAGAGCCCGCCCUGUCCCGGUACCAGAGAUUGCUUUGCAUAAAUCCACCCCUGUUUGAAAUCUAUCAAGUCUUGUUAAGUCCAACACAACAUCAUGUAGCACUUAUAGGAAUAAAAGGACUUAUGGUAUUAGAAUUACCUAAGAGAUGGGGGAAGAAUUCUGAAUUUGAAGGUGGAAAAUCAACAGUAAAUUGUAGUACCACUCCAGUUGCUGAGAGAUUUUUCACCAGUUCUACCUCUCUGACUCUAAAGCAUGCUGCAUGGUAUCCAAGUGAAAUACUGGAUCCCCACAUAGUGCUGUUAACAUCAGACAACGUAAUAAGAAUUUACUCGCUACGUGAGCCCCAGACACCCACUAAGGUGAUUAUACUUUCAGAAGCCGAAGAGGAAAGCCUAGUACUCAAUAAAGGAAGGGCAUAUACUGCAUCUCUAGGAGAGACAGCAGUGGCAUUUGACUUUGGGCCAUUGGCAGCAGUCCCAAAGACUCUAUUUGGACAAAAAGGCAAAGACGAAGUAGUGGCAUACCCACUGUACAUCUUAUAUGAGAAUGGAGAGACUUUCCUGACAUACAUCAGUCUGUUACACAGCCCUGGAAAUAUUGGAAAGCUGUUGGGUCCGUUGCCCAUGCAUCCCGCGGCUGAAGAUAACUAUGGUUAUGAUGCUUGUGCUAUCCUCUGCUUACCCUGUGUCCCCAACAUCUUAGUGAUCGCCACUGAAUCAGGAAUGCUGUAUCACUGUGUCGUGCUAGAAGGGGAAGAAGAAGAUGACCAAGCAUCAGAAAAGUCCUGGGAUUCCAGGAUUGACCUCAUUCCUUCUCUGUAUGUGUUUGAAUGUGUUGAGUUGGAGCUUGCUUUGAAACUGGCAUCUGGAGAGGAUGACCCUUUUGAUUCUGACUUUUCUUGUCCAAUCAAACUUCAUAGAGAUCCCAAGUGUCCUUCAAGAUAUCACUGUACUCAUGAAGCUGGUGUACAUAGUGUUGGGCUAACUUGGAUUCAUAAACUUCACAAAUUUCUUGGAUCAGAUGAAGAAGAUAAGGAUAGUUUACAGGAACUCUCUACAGAACAGAAAUGCUUUGUUGAACACAUCCUUUGUACGAAGCCAUUGCCCUGCAGGCAUCCGGCUCCAAUUCGAGGAUUUUGGAUUGUCCCUGACAUUCUGGGCCCCACGAUGCUCUGCGUCACCAGUACCUAUGAAUGCCUCAUCAGGCCUUUACUAAGUACAGUCCAUCCAGCGUCUCCUCCCCUUCUUUGUACUCGAGAAGAUGUUGAAGUGGCAGAGUCUCCCCUCCGUGUUCUGGCUGAAACCCCAGAUUCCUUUGAAAAGCAUAUUAGAAGCAUUUUGCAACGUAGUGUUGCCAAUCCAGCAUUUUUGAAAGCUUCUGAAAAGGACCUAGCCCCUCCUCCUGAAGAAUGCCUUCAGCUCCUCAGCAGAGCCACCCAGGUGUUCAGAGAGCAGUACAUUCUCAAACAGGACUUGGCCAAGGAGGAGAUUCAGCGGAGGGUCAAAUUAUUAUGUGACCAAAAAAAGAAACAACUAGAAGAUCUCAAUUAUUGUCGAGAGGAGAGGAAAAGUCUGCGGGAAAUGGCUGAGCGUUUAGCUGACAAAUAUGAGGAAGCUAAAGAAAAACAAGAGGAUAUCAUGAACAGGAUGAAAAAAGUACUUCACAGUUUUCACUCUGAGCUCCCAGUUCUCUCUGAUAGUGAGCGAGACAUGAAGAAAGAAUUACAGCUGAUACCUGAUCAACUUCGACAUUUGGGCAAUGCCAUCAAACAGGUUACUAUGAAAAAGGACUAUCAGCAGCGAAAGAUGGAGAAGGUGUUGAGUCUUCAAAAACCCACCAUUACUCUCAGUGCCUACCAGCGGAAGUGCAUUCAGUCCAUCCUGAAGGAGGAGGGUGAACACAUAAGGGAAAUGGUGAAGCAAAUCAAUGAUAUCCGCAAUCAUGUAAACUUCUGACACCACCAGGAGCUGACUCACACCUGAAGUGAACACCACUGAAGGCUUAAACCCAUAUUGUAAAACAGGUAGCAUUAUCUAAUUUAUAAAAAGGCAUUUUGGAUGACCUUUGGUGUGGUUGUUCAUCUUUUUAAAUAUUUUGCUUUAUAAUUAUUGAAUAAAUGUUUUUAUUUAAAAUUUGGAUUGUGCUUUAUAACUCAAGCCUACAGUUGUGUUCAGCAAGGAGUCAGGGUUAUUUCACACUGCACACGGCCAGAACCUCCCUGAGCCUGUUGAGUGUUCUCCGUAUCUGAGCAAGGUAUUCCUGUGAGCUGUGUUUUAAAGUAGCGCACCAGAAACAUGACUCUGAGAGGGACAGAACCUAGGAUUCAAAGGAAAAGACCACACAGUGUACUCGGCAGCAGCUUUUUUAAUGUGAACACUUUCUUCUUAAGGACACACCUUCAGUACAGUUAACAAAUGGUUACACCUGAAAUCUGCUGAGAGCAGAGCUCAAGAUCCACAAUUGCAAAGGCCACUGCUGGCUCACUUCCUCACAGGCUGUAUUACCUUCCAGAGCUGAGUGAGGCUGUGCUCUACCUCCUAACACUUGUUACUGAGUGGACAUGAGGUGCAGGUUUAGCACCUUAAAGGGAGAGAAAAAGAAAUAGGUUAGUAUGCAGAAUGUGAUUUUGUCCUCACUUCGCCUUAACUCAUCUUUUUAUACUUGCCAAUGUGAGUUCUGAAAGGUAGUACUAUACCUGCUUAGAAAUGGCUGAGUGACUGCCAAUUAAAAGCCACAUGAUAAGGUAGGUUACAGGUAAGAGGUAAAUCAGGUUAGACAUGCAUGAGAACAUGUGUGCACAGACUGAAUAUAAGCACAGGAACACUCAAGAAACCCAACUGAUCUUUUCUUUCACCUUCUAAAUCAGUUCCCAUUUACGCUGAAAACCCAGUGGAAAGAAUUGUUUCCCACCUGGACAGUGACACAGUAGUUUGUUGCAUACCAGAAGCACAUUGUUAAACAAAACUUAGAGUCUCAGUUUGGGUUUUUCUACAGUAUUUUUCUCAAUGAAGUGAAUUCCAGCAGUUUGCAUUUGUCACAGUAGAGACCACUAACCAUUCCCUAAUUGUGAUGAUUUUAUUACCCAGUACUGUCUUCUGGAGAAAAAUAUCUGUAAGGUGCUCAGUCUCAGCAGAACACUUCACUGCAAGCUCUAGUUCAGUCAGUUCAGAAAGGCUGUGAACUGCCCACCCUGAUUUGCAGCACUAAUUUUAAUAAUCUGAAGACAAAUUCGCUUGGGGCUUAUCCAAGGGACUAGUCUUAAACCUACGUAAUUUAAAUUGAUUGCAUUUUAUAAUUAAUAAAAUCCCCUGUAACUCAA